GCAAAAUGCAUUAUUAACAAAAAUCACCCAUUUUGCCAUUUUACUGUUUUUAUUUUUUGUCAUAACGCAACAUUUUCCACCAUCACCCUCAUUUCAGGGACCAGUUGGACUUUAUAAAAAGGGAAAAAUCUCCAUUUGUCCAAACCCAGCCAUUCCAAAAUGCUCAAGGUCCCAUUACCCUAAGUGAUGAAGAGCCAAUAACUGAUCCAACAACUGCCCACAGUGGCACCAAUGCCUCCAUAAAUGGAGCUGAGCUACCUGUUAAACUCACAAGCUCAGCUCCAUCUCAAAGCAGUGGUUACCAAGAGAAAUACUCCUGCCAAACUCCAAAAGCAUCACAGGCAAGUUCCAAAAUCUUAGACAAAGUGAGAGCUUUUGAGGAACAAAGACACAGCAGUAACAUACCAAAGUUGUCUUCAUCAAGACUAUCUUGGGGCUUCAAUCGAACAUCAUCCUGCAAUCCUGAGGACAUUAGGAGUAAAUCAGGUAAGCUCCAAGACAAUUCCAAGAGUGAUGUGGCACUCAAGAGGUCUUUCUUCAAGAAAAAAGCAUCCUCUCUGGAUGAACAAACAACCUAUGUACAGAAAAAUUUUCAAAGUAAACUCUCAGAAGAGCUUCACAGAAUAAAAAGACUUGUUGGAAAGUCCAAUAUCAAGAAAGCCUUUUCAAUGGAUCAACUCACACAGACUGACAAGCAGUCCACUGAAAACACUGAUUCAGUUCCAGCCCAGGUCAUUCAAAAAGUUGAAGAGACUACUUAUUCAAAGGAUUUACCAGACUCAAAAGAAAGAUGGUCAGCCUUGCCAAAGGAGGAAUCACAACAACUACAGAAAAAGAAACUGGCAGAUGAAUCAAAACAACCUGAAAGGAAAUCACCUCCUGAUAUUACAGAAAACCAGUGGAGGAAACAUUCUAAGCCCAGGCAGCUGAUGGACAGGCAGGUCAUCAGUGAGAAGGUCACUUUCAGUAAAAUACCAGGACAAUGUUCACCAAUGGUGCCAAGGACAAAUAUGUCCAGCAAAUUACCAAAAUCACUUGCAGAAAUACCACCUUCUCAACCCCUAAUGCAAGGAGGUUUGGUGCAAGCACCCCAAAAACCUCCAAGGUUGUAUGAUUCCAUUUCCGUGCGCCCAAAGUCAUUUAAGGAAAGGGAGGAGAAAAAAGACUCAUCGCCUAAAAUGGCCAUACCUACAAUUGUGGUUGAAAAUAAGCCUGUGGAUGAAGAGGCACAUAAAGCAGAGAAAGGUCAAAAUGAAGUUAACAAACAUGAAGGAAAAAUAACCAGGAGAAACAGAGCUCUUGCUGAGUCAUCUCUGACAAUUACCAGACCAAUGCAGGAUGUGAAAGUCAAGGCGGGAGAGAUGGCCUUAAUUGAAUGUUUCAUAACUGGGCCACAGACUGUGGAAGUUGAUUGGCUGGCCAAUGGGAAGCUGAUACAGCCAGCACUAUUUGAUUGUAAGAUGCAAUUUGAUGGGCACCGAUGCAGUCUUCUGUUCAAAUCUGCACACGAAGAUGACAGUGGAAGUUAUUCUUGCAAAAUCAGUUCAGCUAAAGAAGAGCUCAUUUGCACUGCUAAUCUUCUGGUGAUUCCAUCUAAGGAGCCACUCUUUACACGGAAACUGGAGGCACUGGAGGCUACCGAGGGCCGUUCUGCACAAUUUGAUUGUAAAGUCAGUGGAUCUCCCCCACCUGAAGUAAACUGGACUCAUUGUGAGCAACCUGUUGUGGAGAGUGAUAAUAUUCGCAUUCUCAGAGUAAAUGGGCGAUACUCUCUGUUCAUCACUCACAUUAACAAGGAGAGUGAGGGACUGUACACAGUAUUUGCUCGAAAUGUUCAUGGAGAAGCAGAAAGCUCAGCUGAACUAUAUGUACAGGAACCACGACAAGCCAUAUCUACUCACAUGUCAAGGUUAGAGAAGAUGCCAUCAAUCCCUGAGGAGCCUGAGGUGUUUGAGGGAGAGGUGGAACACAGGACAAUGCCAGACUUCAUAAAACCCCUCAGUGACCUGGAAGUGAUAGAAGGGAAAGAAGCAGUAUUGAAGUGUAGGGUGACAGGCCUGCCAUAUCCCAAAAUCAUUUGGUACCACAAUGGCACGAAGAUAGAAAGCUCUGAUGACAGAAAGAUGAUACAGUACAGGGAUGUUCACAGUCUGGUCAUUAAUUCUGUGUGUAAUGGCCACAGUGGUGUGUAUAAAUGUGUAAUCUCCAAUAAAGUGGGAAAGGCUGUCUGCUAUGCUCAUUUAUAUGUUGCAGUUAGCCUUCCUGAGCCACCUGAUGGUCCUCCAGUAAUUGAAUCUGUAACUGGGAGAACAGUCUCACUGAGCUGGAAAAUACCAAAAAACCUAGAUCCAACCAUAGAUCCUGCUUCACUUAUGUACAUUGUUCAACAACAAGCUCUAGGCUCCACCCAGUGGACAACCAUUGCCUCCAGCCUCAAAGACACCUCUUACACUGUCACCUCUCUUUCUAAAGGAGUGUGUUAUUCCUUCAGAGUCCUUAAUACUACUGGAAAAGCAUCCAGCAAACCCUCCCAGCCCACUGACCUGGUCCAGCUCUGUGACAGAGGACAGUAUUUACACAAAGCACCAGUCAUUCUGGACAAGCCUGAUAUUGUGUAUGUGGUUGAAAACCAGCCUGUCACCAUCACAAUAACCCUUAAUCAUGUCCAAGCAACAGGCACAUGGAAAAGAAGGGGAGUGAUGCUUCUCAACAAACCUGGUGCAUUAGAGAUGACCAUGCCUGAUGAUGACCAGCAUGCCCUACACAUUGCCAAAGUGAAAAGCACGGAUGUAGGUCAGCUGAUCUUCAUGGCAAACAACCAGUAUGGCAGUGACCUCUGCACUCUGCAGGUGGCAAUGGCAGUGCCUCCUUCAUUUGAGACCAUCAUGGAGGACUUGAAUGUGUGUGUGGGGGAAACAUCCCGUUUUGCUGUGGUUGUAGAUGGGAAACCUGACCCUGAUAUUCUUUGGUACAAGGACAAUGUCCUUCUGACAGAGAGUAGUCAUUUUACCUUUGUGUAUGAUGACAGAGAGUGCUCGCUUGUGGUUCUCAAUGCUCAGCUAGAGGAUGAAGGGGUCUACACUUGCACUGCAAAGAACCAGGCUGGGUCAGUGUCCUGUAAAGCUGAGCUUACUGUUCAUACUGCCAAAAAUGUGGAGGAGGAGGAAGAGCAAAUGGAAGAUGAAGGCACAAUUCUACGGAGGAUGCGUAGACUGACUGAUUACUACGACAUACACAAAGAAAUUAACAGAGGGGCUUUUUCAUACAUCAAGCGAGUGACACAGACAAAUGGGCAAAUAUUUGCAGCAAAAUUCAUUUCAUUACGGGCAAAUACAAAAGCUUGUGCUCUGAGAGAGAUGACCCUGCUGUCAGAGUUAGACCAUGAGAAGAUCAUCCACUUCUAUGAUGCAUUUGAAAAGAGGCGUGUACUGGUCAUUAUUACUGAACUGUGCCACGAAGAGCUUUUGGAAAGAAUAACAAAAAGAACAACCAUCUUAGAAUCUGAGGUUCGGUCUAUCAUAAAGCAGCUACUAGAGGGUAUCAUCUAUCUUCACCAGAAUGACAUAAUUCACCUUGAUAUAAAGCCUGAAAACAUCCUCAUGGCAGACCAAAAAAGUGACCACAUUCGUAUUUGUGAUUUUGGCAAUGCUUUAAAAGUCAAACCAAAUGAAGAACUGUACUGCAAAUACGGGACACCAGAAUUUAUUGCUCCUGAGAUUAUAAACCAGUCACCCAUCUCUAAAUCUACAGAUAUUUGGCCAGUGGGUGUCAUCACUUACUUAUGCCUAACAGGAGUUUCUCCAUUUGCUGGGGAAAAUGAUCGUGACACUUUGCUGAACAUCAGGAACUAUAAUGUUGCCUUUGAGGAGAGCAUGUUCAAAGACCUUUGCAGAGAAGCAAAAGGAUUCAUCAUAAAGCUCCUUGUAGCAAGCAAACUGAGACCUGAUGCCACAGAAUGUCUUCUUCAUCCUUGGUUCAAGUCACUGGUAAAGGGAAAGAGUAUCAACACAACAUUACAUAAGCAAGUGUUAGCCCGACGCAAAUGGCAGUGUUCGCUGAUUAGAUACAAAUCUAAAAUGGUGAUGAGAUCCAUAUCAGAGUUGCUGGAUGACUCUUCAAGUCAUGUGUCCCUUGCUGUGCCCAGAAACCUUAAAGGUGGUUCCCCACCUCCAUCAUCAUCCUCCGAUUCAGAUGAGGACAUCGAUGAACUUCCUUUCAUCCCUAUGCCUCAAACAAUGAUGUUCUCUGGAUCAAGGAUGUCACUGACUGAGAUCCAUGAGGAUGAUGUUGAUGUCAUUAGAGGAUCCGAUGAGUCCUACCAAAAACACAUUAAUCGUCUGGAAGGCAUCACAGAAUGUCACACAGCUGAUGGACAGAGGGAUGUAGACCAACUGGAGAUUGAAGAAAGGACUGUGAACUUGAAAGAAUCCUUCCAAAUGGGUUCGAGUGUAGAAGCUGGUCAGGUAGCAGGUAAAUCCAGAAGAGCGCUAAUGCGAAGAGGGAGUUCUGCUGAUAGUGCUCUUCUUCUACAGAUCACAUCUGAAGAUGAUAAUAUGAACAAUAUUACAGAAGAUGGCCAAAAGCACAUGCAAAAGGCAGUUUCCAUGGAGCUGCCAUACAAGAACAAUAGUCCAAAUACAGGGAGGCUUAGCAAGGAAGAUUAUGCUCUAAAACUGGAUCUUAUGCGGCAGAGGUUGCUAAGAGGAGGCACUGUUGACAAGAACAUGAGUGGUCUUCGCGGCCCCCUUCUUGAGACACUGGGUGUUGAUAAUGAGAGACGAACUGCUUCUUUGGAUCGUAACUUUAGACGUGCCAAGUUAAAUGCUUCAGAAGUUCCUCGGGCAUUCUCCUCUGACUGCCAUGAGGAUACCUCUCCAAAUAUUAGGAAGAGGUCUUCUUUAAGGGAUGGAAACUCUGAGUCAAUUUCACUACAUAGAAGAUCUGGAGCCCCACUAGAGAUUCCCUCCAUUUUGUCUGGGGACCAUAACUUGUUGGAAGCCACAUCUCCUCUCUCAGAACAAACAAAGGAUGGCCCAAAGCCUGUGUUUCCAAGAGAAAUUUCUUCCAAACCACCAACUCCAGACAUAGAAAAUAAACAGGCAUCUAAGGAAGAGGCUAUUGGUGCCAUCCAAAGUAUGAAUACAUAUCAGCCUGCAUCUAUAGUAGAUGACAGUGAUAAGAAGGUAGAGAAGAUGGAAGAGCACAUGCUCUCUGAAGACUGUGUGCCAGGAAAGAUAAAUAAAAGUACUGAAUCUUCUCUCGAUAUACUUCCACAUGACAUAUCUUCAAAUUAUUCCAGUAAAUUGCAGGUAAAUGGCAAAAAGGAAUCAUCUGUUGCAGUGUCACCCACCCCUAUCUUGAAAAUCUCAGAGCCAGAUAUUCAACCUAGCACUGGACAUCCAGUUGUUUAUGCUUCUGCUUCCUCUGCAUAUCACCCAUCUCUUAGAACUGAUAUUAAAGAUAUUGAUUCAGAGGAAAUUUUUGAAGCAAGGUUUAAGAAGAGGGAAUCAUCUUUGACACAUGGUCUAAAACGAUUGACAAGGACCAAGUCUGAAGAAAACUCACCUGUUCUCCCACAGAAAUCAAAUGAAGAGGUUUAUCGACCUCGCCCUGUAGGUGCCCCGUUGGAGUUUGGACCUAGAGGAUUAAAGGAAAAAUCCAAAUCUGUCCAAGACCUCAGGGAGGUGGAGAAGGAACCUGGCCUAGGAUUUAUUGGAAGAUUCUCUAUGCGUGCCAAACUGCAAUCAAAAAAAUGGAAAGAGGAAACCUCAGAUUCUGUAGCUAACAGACGUUGUGUUACCUGGGCAAUAGGACGUAGCAAGUCCCUAGACAAAAAAGAAGUUGAGAUAGGAAGCACUGAUAACACUAUGGAUACAGAGAAAGAAAAUAAAAAAAAAAAUUGUAAGAAGGUUGCUGAAUCACCUGUCCUUGCAGUCCGACGUAAAUUUGAAUCGAAUGUUUCAGGAAUAUUUGAUAGAGUGCAUAGCAAGUCAAAAGACACUAAGGAUAGGGAAACUAAACCCCACAGUGAUGAAGAAACUCUAAAAGAAGAGAGGCAAGACAUAAAGAAAAUCAGUGAUUCGCCAGUUCUGGCACUCCGAAAAAAGUUUGAGUCAAAAGUAUCUGGAUUUUCAUUAGGAAAACAAGGUCAGUCUGACAAGAGUGAGGGAGAGAAUGAGGUUAAAAAUGAGGAACAGAAAACACCUUUGUUCUCUCGCCAUCGGCGCUCUCAAUCUGAUGGGAUCAUUCACAAGAGUGUGAAAAAUCCAGAGAACCAAGUUCCCUCAAAAACUGCUUCUACAUCAUCCAAAGAGACAUUGAUCUCCUCUUCUAGUUCACACUCUAUACAAUCCUCUCAGACUCCUGAAAGUGACAUCAGAAAUAGGUGGGACAGAUGGGGUUUGUCCAGAGGCAAGAGAGACAGGACACCAUCAAAAUCAAAUGCACCUCAAAUUCAGAAAGAAGAUUUUCCUCCAGUUUUCCAUAUUACACUAAAGGACCAUGUUCUUCUUGAAGGAAAUCCAGUGACUCUUAGUUGUCUUCCAGCUGGCAGUCCUGAGCCAAAAAUAUUAUGGAUAAAAGAUAAGAAACCUUUGGAGAUUAAUGACAAAAUGAGCUUAAUGGCCUGCCCAGAUGGAAGGCAACUUUUGAUGAUCAUGAAGACCUCUAAGAAGGAUGCAGGAAUAUAUGAAUGUGUCGCCUCUAAUAACCUGGCCUCUGCUACUACUUCCUGUAUACUGUCCAUAGCCUGUGUUCCAAAACGACCAGGAACUCCAGAGAUUCCACAGAUAUAUAAUAACACUGCUCUGGUGCAAUGGAAACCAUCAGACUCCAAAGUUCCUUGCACGUACACACUUGAGAGAAAAUGUGAUGGUGAUGAUAAGUGGGUAACUGAAGCUACAGGCGUGACUGAUUGUUUCUACAAUUCCUCUGUAUUUCUAACUGGUUCCACCAUCCAAUUCCGUGUAGCAUGUGUAAAUAAAGCUGGCCAAGGUCCAUACAGUAAUGUUUCAAAGGGAGUGAAAAUUAACGUUGAAGUGCCACUGCUCUCUCAGCCUGCUGAAAUGAAGACACACCCCUCGUCUCCUUUUUCUAUUGCUGCUGUGACUACAUCUGCUUCUACAUCAGAAGAACCAAGUGUUAGUCAGUCCAUUAGUCCUAUUCCUGCACAGUCUGAUGGCAUCUCAAAUACUUCCUCUGAGAUGCCCAUUUCUCACUUAUGCCCAAAGAUGUCAAUCCCUCCUCUUGUUUACCCCAAGCCAACAAGCACUAUCAACAUGGUUCACCCUGUUACCCAAACCCAGACAGUACCUGCAAGGUCAUACACAGCUCCACCUUCAAUAGACAGAUCGGUUUCCCCUGUCCCUUCAUAUGUUACAGCCACUUGUUCAGUUGCUCCCACCCCUGUCUCUCCUUCUGUGAUCUUGGUCAGCAGUAUCAGUCCAAUAGGAGAAGGAGCGAGCUCACCCACACCAGAGACAAUUAUGGAAAGAGUGGUAUCCUCCACCAAAACUGAGACCACUUUGAGGCAAGGAGUUCCUCAGAAACCAUACAGCUUUUUGGAUGAGAAAGCCAGGGGACGUUUUGGAGUGAUAAGGGAUUGCCGAGAAAACUCAACAGGCAAGAUGUUUAUAGCAAAGAUUAUUCCCUAUGAUCAGCAGGACAAGCAGGCGGUCAUAAAGGAGUAUGAGAUCCUCAAGUCCCUCCGUUGUGAAAGAAUCAUGGCCCUACAUGAAGCCUUUAUCACACCUCGCUACCUUGUACUCAUAACAGAGUACUGCACAGGCAAAGAGAUCCUGUAUAGUCUCAUUGAAAGAUUUUGUUACUCUGAAGAUGAUGUAGUGGGUUUCAUUGUCCAGAUUCUUCAGGGUUUAGAAUAUCUCCACAACUGCCGGAUUCUUCAUCUGGACAUUAAGCAAGACAACAUCAUAGUCACCAACCUCAAUGUUAUUAAAAUAAUAGAUUUUGGCAGUGCUCAAAGGUUUAACCCCCUAUCCCUCAAAAAGUAUAGCAGGGAACUUGGGACUCUGGAGUACAUGGCUCCAGAAUUGCUGAAAGGGGAUCUAGUAGGACCCCCAGCUGACAUCUGGAGUUUGGGAGUUCUUUCCUAUAUUAUGCUCAGCGGUAGACUUCCUUUCCAAGACAAAGACCCAAAAUUGACAGAGAACAAAAUCCAUGCCGCAAAGUUUGACUCAACUAAGCUCUACCCAAAGGUUUCCCAAAGUGCCUCCACUUUUUUAAAGAAGACAUUAAAUGGCUAUCCGUGGUGUCGACCCACCAUUAAGGACUGCCUCAAUCAUUCAUGGCUUCAUGACUCAUAUCUAAAGAAGCUGCGUCGACAGACCUUGACUUUCACUACCACACGGCUCAAAGAAUUCCUGGAGGAACAUCAGCGCAGAUGUGCAGAGUCAGCUACUAAACACCAGGUCCUCCUGAGAGCCUACCAGAGUGGGUCUUCACCCCAAACCUCACCAACCAAGCCUAGUUCACCAAGCACACCUAUCAGUGAAGAAAAACAUUGACUUUGAACAGGAUAAGGACAGUGUAGAUUUUGACAGGAAGCAAGGGGGAUAGAGAGAGGGAGACAAGAUUGGGAAAAGUCUGUGAGCCAGGACUCGAACUCGGGACACGAUGUCGGCAUGCUGCCAACGAGGCUAUCGGUGCUGACAUCAUUUUGUUUUUUAAUGUAGUUUGCUACAUGUUAUUCAUCCAUUUGGACUUAAAUUUGAUUUGAGAAUGAUUUUAAGAAUUGCAGAAGCAGGCACAGUAAUAGGGCCUGUUUAUGAAAAAGAAUACAAUAAUACUGUUACAGAUUGUUUUCUUUAGAGAAUUCUUAAAAUACACAAACUUGUCUGCAGUGUAAAAUGCUGAUUUAUUAGUGUUUUAAAUAUAUAGAGUGUAAGUAACAUACUGUUAAGCUUCAUUCAAGUUUAGAAUCAUGCUCUGGUGUUUCAACUUGUUUCUAAAUGCAUUUAUAAAAACUUGUCAAACAAAGAAUGAAAAUGUUUUCUUUUGUCAGCUCAUUAUGUCACUUCUAUUACGUAGAUCUCUUUGAUGUACUUUUACAUUUGAUUUUAUAUUUCAAACUGUGUAUAUGGCACUAUUUGGCAUGCCUUUCAAUACAAUGUUUCAUUAUA